ACUCCGGCUGAAGAAGGUAAUGUAAGGGAAUGAUGACGAGCGUCUAUGCAGAAAGACCUAUGAAUAAUGGUGAAAUAGGAUAGAAAGCAUACUCCAAGUUUCUCCAACACAGAGGCCUUAGUGCAGGAAUGGAACAGAAUGGAUUCGAUGCCCCACCACAUGGGAUUCGCGGGUGCAACAUUUAGCAAAAACAUAAGGCUUGAAACAUAUGAUGUUCUGAUACCUUUCGACUUCAAAACAGAACCAUCAAGUCCAAGCUCAAAAUAUAUGGUGAACCUAGUCUCAAUGGAGACGACCUACUUUGUCUGUGGGUUGCUGUUUGCUGGAGUGGUUGAAGAAUGUGUAUGGGAUUACGCCAUCACAAUUACUCUUAUUCACAUUGCAGUUACUUCAACAGUUAUGGCUGAAUUUCCACUAGUGUGGCAUUGGUGGUUAGCUCUAGGUUGUGCUUUGAUAAUAAUGAUCUGUAGUGGACACCUUCUUGUGUAUUUUGCAUUCCAAGACAACCUCAUUGAUCCACUUCUGGAUGACUUUUGAACAGAGAAGACACCUCUCACAAGAGCUGCGCUGUUGAACUGUUUCUGUGCCUUCCCUGUGGGAUUGGACUGGGUUGGAAUUUCUCAUUUGGCGUACUUGGCUCUCACAUAAAAAUGUAGGAAUGAGAAAAGGCAAUUUAAAUGAGGCAGGUCAUUCAGCCCUUUCUAUUCUGUUGGAGAGACUGAUUAAAACAUCAAAAGAUAUUUUCUAUCCACAGCUGUUGAGAUGGAUUUAUAGUUUAUCAGCUGGGUUUAAACUGGCACUGGGACCUGUCAUCUGUUACAGUAAUAAACUAAUUCUCGCUUACAUCCAAAUUACUAUUGAGCCAUUUCUGUACCAAGCAACUGAUCCACAAGGCAGUCCUAUGUUGGGAAGUAGUUUGAAAUUCUAUCACAAUACCCCGUGUGUUUGCUGAAUCAUGAGUGAAUUGCAUGGAGGGAGCGUUGCUGCACUAGGUGGCAGUUUAUUCAACAAACUCUGUAAAAAGAAAGUUUUUAUUUUCUGGAUUGAUCACAUAGCUUUUCUCAGUUUGUAACAAUGUUCUGUGAUUGUGUGUGUGCUGUUGGUGUACGAAAUGCCUUUCUACAUUGUAUCAGCUGCCUUUGGUACUUUAAAAUGCAGGAUCAUC